AUGCUCAUGGACAACAAGCUGUUUUUGGCCCCUAUUGGUGACAACCCACAAAAAAUAUUAGAUGUUGGCACCGGAACGGGAAUCUGGGCUAUUGAUAUCGCCGAUGAGUUCCCCUCAGCCGAAGUAAUAGGCACCGACAUCUCUGCCGUCCAACCUUCAUGGGUUCCUCCUAACUGUGCGUUUCAAAUCGACGAUGCGCAACUUAACUGGACCUUUCAGCGCGAGACCUUCGACUUCGUGCACAUCCGUCAGCUUUACGGCGGCAUCGACGACUGGGGAAAGCUCUAUCAACAGGCGUUUGACCACCUGAAGCCCGGAGGUUGGUUCGAGAAUGUCGAGAUCGACCUCGAGACGAGGUCUGAAAAUCCCAAGAUCGCCAAUGACGAGUCGCAUGUGUUCAAGCAGUGGUGUCAGUUGUUCUGGGACGCCGGCGACAAGAUCGGCCGGACUUUCAAGAUCGCGCGCGAUGGGCAGAUGGAGAAGCUGAUGCAUGAGACCGGAUUCGUGGACGUCGUCCACAAAGAGUGGAAAGUGCCGAUCGGAGGCUGGCCACAGGAUCCUCUGCUAAAACGGGUCGGGCAGUACAACGGGUUGUUCAUCGACCAGUCGUUGGAUGGCUUUGCUGUCUACCCCAUUGGGCAGAUUUUAGGCUGGACGAUGGAUGAAGUGAUGGUCCUGGUGGCCAAGAUGCGCGCCGAAUUCAAGAAUCCAAAAACUCUACCAUAUUAUGUCAUGUGA